AUGGGAGUUGCAUCUCACUAUUACUUGCCACAUCAACAGUGCUAGUCACUAUAGAAGAGGAUACAAGGAGCAACUAUGGGAAAAUAUUUUUUGAUCUUUAUUUUUACUGUAAUCUUAGUUGCUGUGUCUGGUCAAUUUGCUGAAAGGGUUGUCGACAAUGCAUUGGAAAAGCUGCGUAAAUUUGAUGACAAUCCUGAUGAACUCGACCUUUUGAAAAAUAUUGCAAAAGUAGAAUCCUGCUAUGGAACAGAUCCAACAUAUAAUGCAAGUAGAGGGGGAAUAUGGCAGUUGGAUGGGAUAUGUUAUAAUGAUACACGGGAUAUUCAGUCACAUCCCAAUCUUACAAGCCAUCACAAUAGGAUUUUGGAGCUUUAUGGGGUCAAGUGGAUGGAGGUUACAUAUGAACAACUCAACGAAUCAUUCUACUCUCUUUUGGCUGCAAGACUAUAUCUACUAAACAUUGGAGGGGACCUUCCAAAGGCAAGAGACCUCGAGAAACAGGCGGAUUAUUGGAAAGCACACUAUAAUAAGAAUCCAUAUUUGGACAAAGAAUAUUUCCUUCGACGAGUGAAGAAAGGUGCGUGUGCACGAGGCCCUCAACCUCCUCAACCUCAAGUUCUCCCCCAACCUCGCCCUCCAUCUGGCCUUAGAGACGAAAGAACUACUACCGACAGUGCAUUUGAGUGGCCUGAAGAUAUGUUUACAGAAGAGACUACGGAGGAUCCAUCUACGGAUCCGGAGGAUCAAACUACGGAGGAUCCAGAAGAUGACAAUAAGGUUCCGAACAGACUAUUGGAAAAGCUAAGUACAUUUAUUGACAAUCCUGAUAUACUCGACCUUUUGAAGAAUAGCGUUGGAAUACUUCAGUUUGGUAGAGAGAUUUUUGACCUUACACUGGAUAAUCUGUUGAGUGAACUUCACAAAAAGAUUACGGAGCAUUUUAGGAUCGACUGGAUGAAGGUUACACCUAAACAACUGAAAAAUAACCGAUUCAAAGCUAUUUUGAGUGCAUUACUAUAUAUACUGGGUAUUAAUAAAAAGCCGAUUCCCAAAGCAGGAGACCACGAGGGACAGGCGAAAUUUUUGGAAACAGUCAAAGAUACAGAACAGAAGAGUACUACCAUUGAGAAACAGACAGGUGGGGAAGAUAAAGACACAACUAAGGGAAUUACAGAUACAUCUUCCGGGGACCCCUUUCUUGUGAAGCAAAUCAACCUACAUGGUGAUAAGGUUUGCUAUUUCCUGGUAGGAGAACCAGGGAAUUUUGUUCGCUUGUUCCAUUCUCCAAAAUUUGGUUUGACGGUUAACGUUGGAUUCCAAGAGCACAGUUGGUUAGAUAAAGCUGCAGUUGUUACUAGAGAUGCUAUAGUUCAGAUCACAUUGAAUGCAAUCACGGUAAACAAUGAUGUUUAUGAUUGGUCCGAACGGCAACUGGAAACAACCGGGUUGACUAUUGAGAUUUCAAAGGAACGUGUCUUACUUCAGCACAAUAAGGACGUGGGUGUCAGUGUAGUUAAAAGUGGCGAAGGGUUGAAUUUUAAAUUUGAUCAUGAUAUCGAUCUGAUUACUGAUGGGGUAUUUGGACGACUUGGUCACAAAAUCGUAAGUCUAGAGAGGCAAAAUACAUGCGCAGUUUGUGCCCUCAUCACACUCGAUGAUGGAAGAAAGAUACAUUCUAGACUUAUUACUGGAGAAAGACAGGAAGUGUGUUGGCAUCUAGACCAGAAUUUUUUUACAAAGCCUGAACUUUCAUCUUUUAAGAUUAAGUGUUUGUUAUGCAAGGAUUGA